CGAGCUUGAAAUACGUCACGUGUUAUGGAAAAGAUGGCGGGCAACUGUAGCAGGGAUGAUGGAAAUGCCGUGAGGCCGAAAUACUACGAGCAAAGAACACUUAUCUUUCCGGACGGAAUACAGAUAACACAAGUGUUUGAUGCACCAACAUUCAGGCGUAUUGAUAGUGGGGACACAGAGCUGAUAGCACAGAUAAGAAAAAACUAUGAUGAAUCUCUUGGCUCUGGUGGUGAUCUUCUAGAGAUAGCAACACAAGGUCUGUCUAAGGGAAGUGAUUGCCAAGAAGAUGACACAUCUGUAGGUGAAAGUCUGGAAGAGAGCCCUGAGACUUUUGGUGUAACAAGUGAUGUUGAAGAAAGCAGUAGUAGAUACAUGUUUUGGACAAAACCUGCGACUAACCUUCUUCUAUCAUUAUACGAAGAGUAUGAACAAGAAUUUGAAAAUCCUCGAAAGAAAAAGAAAGAUGUUUGGAGAGAAAUCACAGAAAAAUUAAAUGAGGCUGGAUUCGACUUUUCGCAGUUAAAAGUUGAAAAUAAAUGGAGAAGUUUGGUGCAAUCACAUAAAGAUAUAAAGGACAAUAAGAAAAAAACAGGUGAGAAAAGGAGGACAUUCCCACACCUUGAAAGACUUGAUAACAUACUAUCAAAAAGGCAUGAUAUAAAUCCACCUUUUACCAGCUCCAGCAAUCCUCUUGCCACAAAAGAAAACGAGAAAGAUAAAGCAAGCACUAGUAGUGAAGAAAAGGUAGUGACAAAGAGUAGCAGCAUCUCUGCAGUUCGACGUAGAGAAAAGCGAAAAGAAGCAGAAAAUGAAGGUAGCAGUUUUUUUCAAGCUUUUAAAGAAAUUGAAGAAGUAAGAAAACUUGAGCGAGAUGAACGGGAGAAGAGAAGAGAUGAAAGAGCCAAAGAAAGAAAUGAUCUUUUAAGGGCAUUUCUCGAGAUAUUAAAAGAAAAAUAAAAUGAAGGUACAAAUUAUGGCAAAAUAUACUAAACGAAGGUCCCUUGACUGACUGUUAUGAUAAUGAUCUAGUGGAUGUUUUCAUUUUUUUUUUAAAUUCUUAAAUGCUAAGAACCUGUUGUAUAUUGCACUUUCUUUUAUUCUUCAAUUCAACAAUUUCAGGGCACAUCAAUUUGACAGACUUGCCACCAGAAGUUUUGGAAAAGAUUUGCUACAACCUUGAACAGUUUGAAGAAGUUAACAAGCUCACCUUGGUUUGCAAAAAACUUAAAUAUUUCUGUUAUCAUAGAAACACCUCAUUCUCUGUACAUCUAAAAAAUGUCAACAAUCUGUGUGGAGUGUAUUGUAUGCCAAAUUUGAGGAAAUUAACAGUGUGUGGAAGGUCCUAUUUCAAUAGUGUAAUUGAUGCAGAUCAAGUUAAAAGCAGAGAAUUCGAUGCAUUUGUUGAAUUAUUUGCUAUGGCAUCUUUGACGAGAUUGCAAUGUCUUACUUUGAAGAAUUUCAGAUUCCAAAACACUUUCUUACUUUUUUUAAUUGCCCUGAGUCACUUGCAGUUAACAUGUUUAUCUUUUCACCGAUGUAGUCAAAUAUCAGUAGGACAAUUGAAAUGUGUACUUGAGGAAAUUCCGUCUCUUAAGUAUUGUGAUGUAGAAUGUGAUGUUAGCUCAACUGAAGACAUGCAUAUUUUUGC